AUGUCAAAUCCCUUGUCCGACAAAGACAAGCUUCGUUCUACUCUAAAGGUCAAGACCUGGUUUGGGUUCGAUCUGGACGACACUCUCCAUGAAUUCCGCAAAGCCAGCCGCACAGCAACAACCCACUGCCUCAGUCGCAUAGCCAGCGAGAAUCCUGGCAUAACACUCCAAGAACUCCAAGAACAAUACGGAAUAAUUCUUAAGCAAGGUACAGCAGAUGCAUUCACUGAUGGGAAAACUUCGCACGACUACCGAAGAGCUCGCUUUACUGCCACGCUGAGUCAUUUUGGUCUCAGUCACAACUCAGUCGAUGAACUACUAGAAGACUACGAACGCGUUCUUGUCGAGCAUCUAUCUCUCAAGCAGGGAGCUAUUGCUCUCUUGGAGGCUAUUAAGGCAUCUGACCGAAAGAUCGCAGUCAUUACAGAAGGCCCGCAAGAUGCCCAGGAGCGAGCCGUUCGAGAUCUAGGGAUCGACAAGUACAUUGACUUCCUGGCAACUACGAACUAUUUCGGAGUCGCCAAAGUAUCAGGCCUUUUCGCCAAGGUCCUGGAUCACCUGGAAAUCCAAGCUCAGGAUAUUGUGUACGUCGGCGACUCGCAGCCGCGUGAUAUCGAGCCUGCGACCAAGGAAGGCAUAUAUGCGAUUCACUUACACGAGGAUCAAACGGAGCCGCUUGUGCUGCACCCUCCUAGUGUCAACUCAUUGGAUGUCUUGUCUCGGCUGAUCUGA